UUUCUACAAAACGUCCUAGCAGGAUUCAUUGACGCCGCCGAACGGAGAGCGUAGGACAGCGCUCUGGUUGAAAAUAACUUGUCUUCGCUGUGCAGUAGGUGGACACACGACAGGAAAAUACUUUUUUAGGAGCUUCUCUGAGUGAUGUUGCCAUUGUCUACUCUUCGCUGAUGUGCAGAAGUUUAUACCACGAAUAUAAACUAACUGCAACAAAUGGUUGGAAUACAAGACUAUAACUGUCGUCUGGAAUUCGGAGUGAUUUUUACCUGUACAGGAAACCAAAAAUGUUAAAAAUUCCGCACAUUUUUCUUGGAACAUUAACCCAUCUGCGUAAAAUAGAAUGCCUUCUGCAACGCGACAGCAGUCAGGAAAAACUCUUUAACAACUCUUUAUUUUUAUGUUCCUGAACAUUUUAAUCCAGAUAAACGGUGACUGUAAAUAAUAUUCUCAUCGCUUUAUUUUAAAACACUACCGAUACUACCAUUAAUUAACAAACUCAAAAUGCACUCAUAUGUGACAUACAAGUAGUUGCGAUCUAAGUGGAUGUAGUGCGUUGCCCGGGGAAGAUCGGUUGCCUGCCCUUCUCAGUAGCCUAGCCGCGGCCAAGUUAUGUCUUCGAGGGGAAACAGAAAGCUGGGAACAUAAGGAUUCUGCCUUGUUCGGGGGGACGGGCGAUGAUGCAGAAAAAACGGUGACUAAAUCGAAUCUGCGCACCACAAAUCCGUCCUAGCCAGAAAAGGAGGAAAAGGGAAAAUACCGACGUUUUUCGGAAGAACAAAUCUCAUUUUAUGGGCUAAGCAAAAUCACCCAGCAUUAUGGACGAGAACGCAAACGUCUCUGUUGGUGUGUAGGACGCCCAGCCUUUGUCGUCGGUUUCUACUCUUCACAUUUCUGUUUGUUUUUUAACCUAAUGGAAGUUUUUGACAGAGCGGAAAGAAACAUGUUGCGUCUCUGCACGCUGCAAUUUAUCGUUGCUGUGCUUUGGAGAGUGGUGGACUGUCGAAGCAUCCUAGAGGGACUGCAGAGGUUUUCGACCACCCCCACAUACCUCCCUGUGACCUAUCAGGUGCUCAAUGCUGAGUCCUUCUUCUUCCUGAAGGAGGCCAAUCAGGACAUCAUGAGGAACUCAAGCUUGCAGUCACGCACCGAGCCAUUCUUCAUAUACCAAGCCCGGAAGAUGCCUUCGGUGAAUGCCAGCUACGGGCCCCUUUCGGUGGAGCAGCCGGUGAACCUGGAGCUCCUGCAGAGCCCCAAUGCUUUUGUGGCCUCCUCCAUGUUCACCUUCAACUGGAAGGUGCAGACCUUCAUAAUCAGUGACAAGAUCUACCUGAGCAAGCCCAAGGUGCAGGUGCUCUUCUACGUGGCUGGCCGAGACUGGGAUGACUACAGCACCAUCGCGAAGCUUCCGUGCGUCAAAAUGUUCGCCUUCCACGAGACCCAGGAGGUGCGGGGCAUCUGCCGCCUAAAGGGGGAGCUGGGGCUGUGCGUGGCCGAGCUGGAGCCCCUGGCCGGCUGGUUCAGCCCCCCCAGCGUUGUCCCCGGGCGGCAGAGGACCCCCGAGCUGCCCGAGGGGACCCCUGUGGAGCUGUACUACAUGCUGCAGUCCUCCGAGAGCGGGGACUGCAGUGCGGACGACUCCCGGAAAGGCAACUCCAUCCGCUCGGACCAGGAAGGGCUUUUCGGCUCCUCUACUUCCUCUCCCAUGAAGAGAAUAGGGAGCGUGCGGCUGUACCAGAGCUCUGCCAACGUACCUCUGAAAGAGCAAAGGCUGGAUAGUAACUUCAUGGUGUUGCUGCCCUCUAGACCCAUCAGACAAAGGGAUACUGUCACCGCCUACCUCACUACAUCCACUUUCUCCACGGUGGAAAUGUUCACCCUCAGGGUGAAGUUAAAAGAAGGCGUGGCCUUUCUGGGUGCGAGGCCCAGCAACCCGGCCCUGUGGAUGGUCAGCCAGGACGCCCGGAGCGAGGGCCACAGAGUGGUCACCCUGCACUGCCGCAGAAAGGAGUCCAGCUAUGGCCAGAGGGCGGAGGGCGGAUUUCAGAGGAUCCUGCAGGUGGACCUGGAGGUGGACAGCUUCCUGGGUCCCCUGGGCAGCCGGUCCAUAAGCUGGCAGGUGGAGUACCCGGGCACCCGCGUCCUCACCGAGGAGGCCGAGACCGAGAUCCACCUGGCGCAGAAGGAUCUGGGGGGCAUAGUCCCGCUGGCGAUGGACACGGAGAUCCUCAACACAGCAGUGCUGACCGGAAAGACUGUAGCCGUGCCAGUGAAGGUGGUUACCGUGGGGGCAGACGGCACGGUGACCGAUGUGUCCGAGUCUGUGGAAUGCCACUCGGCCGAUGAAGACGUGGUCAAGGUGUCGGACAGGUGCGACUACGUCUUCGUGAACGGGAAGGAGAUGAGGGGCAAGGUCAAGAUAGCGGUGAACUUCACCUACAGCUACCUGAGCGCCCAGCUGGAGAUGACCGUGUGGAUCCCCCGCCUCCCCCUGCAGAUCGAGGUGUCCGACUCCGAGCUCAGCCAGAUCAAGGGCUGGAGGGUGCCCAUCGUGGCCAGCAAUCAAAGGUCUGCACGGGACAGUGAGGAUGACGACGAUGAAGACAGGCGAGGGCGGGGCUGCACGUUGCAGUACCAGAACGCCAUGGUCCGCGUUCUCACGCACUUCGUGGCCGAGCCCACCGAUCCUCGUGGUCAGCUGACCUUCAUGCUUGGCAGCGAUUGGCAGGUGGACAUCACUGACGUGGUGUGGGACUUCUUGAAGGUGGAGAAUCCGCAGAUUGCCCAGCUGCAGGACAGCAGGGUGCUGGUGGGGCUGGACGUGGGCAUGACCACCAUCCAGGUGAUGUCCCCCCUAUCAGACUCCAUCCUGGCUGAGAAGACAGUGACGGUGCUGGAUGACAAAGUGACCAUCACAGAGCUGGGUGUGCAGCUGGUCUCUGGCCUCUCCCUCUCCCUGCAGCUCAGCCCAGGAAGUAACAGGGCCAUCGUUGCCACGGCUAUCACGCAGGAAGUGCUGCAAAGCCCUAAACAGGAGGCUUUAAUUAGUGCCUGGCUUCAGUUCAGCGAUGGCUCCAUGGCCCCUCUGGAUCUCUACAGCCCAGACUACUUCGUAUUGACGGCCACCUCCUUGGAUGAGGAGGUGGUGACCGUGCGCCAGGAUCCUGCGUGGAAGUGGCCGGUCAUUGUGACCGAGGCGGAAGGCCAGGGCCUGCUGGUCAGGGUGGAGAUGACCGUUUGCGAGCCCUGCCAGAAGUCCAAGCGCCGGAGCGUGCUGGCCGCCGGCAACGGCAACAUCCGGGUCAAGUUCGGCCAAAGCGACGGCUCCUCCAGGGCCAGUGACUACGGGCCCGAGGGCGAGGAGCUGGAGAACCACGCCAGUGACCGCCGGCAGCGACCGCACCUGCAGGACCGAACGGGGCUGGACAACCAUUACUACGGCAGCUCCAUCUCGGACAUGGAGGACGGCGUCAUGCGGCGGAUCACCACCACCACCAAGACGGCCAUUGUCAGGAGGCCCAACGGGGACAAGCUCUCGGAUGACGGCGGCCAGAUCCAGAGCAUCCCCAUUGACUUCUCGGACUUUCCGGCGCAGGUGGACCUCCCACGCGGCCGCAACAUGGAGGACGACCUGGUGCAGACGCCCCGCGGGCUGACGGACCUGGAGAUCGGCAUGUACGCCCUGCUGGGCGUCUUCUGCCUGGCCAUCCUGGUCUUCCUCAUCAACUGCAUCUCCUACGCCCUCAAGUACCGCCACAAGGAGCUGUCACUGGAGGGGCAGGAGGCCAUGAACCACGCCCACGACUGGGUGUGGCUGGGAAAUGAGGCGGAGCUUCUGGAGAGCCAUGGCAGCCUCUCUCCGCAGCAGGAUGAGCACACGACCAUGAUGGACUCGAGCGCGGGCUUCGAGGAGGGCAGCCACUUGCUCAACGGGGGCCAGAAGAACGUCCAGGGCCAGGUUCACCGGUCAGCUGACUCCAGCUGUCCAGGCAAGGACCACAAAGGCGAUUCCCCUACCACAAAGAGGAAGCGUGUCAAGUUCACCACGUUCACCACCAUCCCCCCGGACAAUGGCUGCCCGUCCAUCAACCCCAACAUUCUGGGGCACAGUGAAGACAUUAAAUGGGUUUGCCAGGACAUUGAACUUGGGGAUUCCAAAGAGCUUCGGAACUACAUGGAGAGAUUAAAUGACAAUGCUUUAAAGGAUGUUGCGUAGUGCAUUUGGUGGACCAAUGGAUAAGUCACCCUUAUGCCUUUCAGAGUGAGGAGAUGGACCUGAGCGGUUAUGCGAAACCUGAAGCAAAUGGUACCUCAUCAUGACAACAAGAUGGAACUUUCAGUGUGACUUGUUGCCAUGGGAACUGCCAAAGGGCCAUUCAUCCUGACUUAAGAAAAAAAGGAAAAAGGAAAUAAAUCACAAUGAAACCACCAUGGGAAAACACAAACCUGAAUAUAGGAAAUGUGAAAUGAUCUAGAACAUUUGGUUUUGUUGUUUAAUUUGUUUAUUAAUAUGUUGUUUUCUUCUAAUCCUCAUUACAGAUGUGUUUUUAAAUUCCAAUCACAGUUUUUUUAUAUAUACGUAUAUGUAUGGAUUUAAUUUUUGGUCCUUGUGUAGUUUAAAUCAGAUCUCCACAUUCCCCUGUUCUGCAUACGCACACGGUAUGUGAAACAAUAUGCAGAUGAUGACUUGUAGAUUUGAGAAUGUAAUAUUGCUAAAUAUUCAAGUUGUAAAUAAAGUGCGCAUAGAACCGUU